AAAAUUUUUUUUGUAAUCGUGAUGAGUAAAGAAUAGGAAAGCGUGCAUUAAUUAAUACGGAGUACCUUUCUUGAUGAAACAGUUCCCUGAUUCUGUCUUCUCCAAAACCUAAUGGGUGGAUGAAGAAUUGAAGAAGAUUCAGUAUCUUCUGGGAGGAUCACAAUUCACAGCGAUAAACGUGGACCGGCGCGUAGGAGAAGCACGUGCAUUUUCCCUCCAUCAACCGUCGCUUUCAUCGAUCAUCAAUCGCCUUCCCCACAAGCCAAGUAUAGCAAUUAUAUCGGAAAUCGGAAAGGAAGCUAACGCCGCUGACUUAUCCUCUCUCCUCUUUUAAACCCUAGCAAGGCAUACAGCUUCCAAUCAAAACGUUUUUGUUUCACCAAUCACAAAACCGGAAGGGGAAAAGAAUCAUUCAAAAGAUUGCACAUACAUCAAGUGAUGUUAUGUAAUGCCAAUUUUUGAAUGAAGUGACGGAAUCCUCGACCUAUAUAAGGAUUUGUUAAGCUUUUGUUGAUAAUCAUUUUAAUGGACGGAGAGAUGGGAGACGAAUCGGCUGAAUCGUACUCACACCCGACACAAAGGUCGAAUGCAAAGAUUAUGAGCAGUAAAAAUAAGUUACCGAGAAGUUAUUUAGUUGCUACGGCCUCUCAGCACUUCACAGCAAAGGCUCUGAACUGUAUUACAUCGGUGAAGAAAUGUGUGCAUUCUAGUGGAGCUGUGGGUAAUGUUGUUGAGUUUUUAAUUACCACUGCUGCACUUGAAAUUGUGAGGAGGUUCUCCACGUCAAAGUGUCCUCUCAUUUGGCGUGGUCUUCAGGCAUUACAAGUUAUAUGUUAUCCACCAUUUAAGUGGUUGCAGAGAUGGUUUCCUUUCAAGCCUCUGGCCAAAGAAAUGCGGAAAAUCUCUGGGCCGAUGUUGUGUCUUUCAAUCGCAACAGUUUUCUCCGAUGACUCUACACCAGAAGAAGACCCAUCAUACAAUUCUAAUGUUUCUCAAACACCUGAAUCUCAAGGACCAGAUGCUUGCCAAUCUGAAAGGUGGUUGCUUGACCUACAUAACAAGCUCACAAUGGAAGAUAUUACUCUACCAGAAAGGCUUAAUGACGAUGAAAUCCGUCGCUUUUAUGCUUCUACGAAAGGUGAUUUUCAGAGGACACUGUCAUUGGUCAAGAAGACAGUUCAGUGGAGGCAGAGUUUCACUUUUCUAUCACCACAAGAGCUACAGGCAUGGUCUCAUUUGGUCUUCUGGCAUGGAUAUGAUUUAAAGAAACGUCCUUGUCUUAUCAUUCGACUGGGACUUGCUUGCUCCAACCUCAGAGGCAGUGAGAGAGACUUUUUUGCAAAAGUAAUUGUUUCCCAGAUAGAACAUGGUGUUGUGAGCUUGAUUGAUGAUGAGCAUCCUCAGGUUGUGGUGUUAAUGGACUGUGAAGGAUUGUCGCCUUUUGGAUUCCCUGUACAGAUGAUGAGAUCUUGUGCUACACUUCUGCAAGACCAUUACCCAAACUGUCUUGGUUUGUUGAUUGUUGUACGGAUCCCUCAUGUUGCUCAAGUGGUAAUGCAGACCUUAUUCCAGGUUCUGAGACCAUCCACGAGGCAGAAAGUAAUGAUCUUAGGAAGGAACUAUCAAGAUUAUCUCUCAAACAACCUGGAUUCAGUCCCUUCCUUCCUUGGUGGGAAUUGCUCAUGCUCAAAAUGUUCACCUCAUAGCAAUACAAUCGAAGAAGAAGAAGAAAUGCCUUUGGCACUUUCCACCGCGCAUCAAACAAAUGACAACACCCCCGAAAUUCAUCAUCAUUCCCUUUCAAUUAUAAAUCCUACGAAGAAACCGUUGGUAAAGAUUAUUGUCACUGGAGUAGUUAUGGUGUGGAUCUUAUUUGCCAUCAUUUUGGGAACUCACUAUUCAAGAUGGGUACCUCCUCUCUACCGGAGAAGCCAUUCAUAAGCAUAUUCUUUAUUAGGUUUCAAUAUUCUUCUCUAUGGGCAGCAGAAUAGGUUUAUAUUGUCUUCGCUAACAGCUUCAAACUAUUGCCAGCUAAAUAUAACUUUCACUCUUCAG